CAGUGUGUGUUUUCAACGGGACUCAACUUACUACUUUACUCGCUAUGGCCGCUUGACCCAGAGAGGAGGAGGAGGAGGGCUUGGAUUUACCUUUCUUUUUUUAUUUGUAACUCGCUUGUAACUUUUUCUUCUCCCUCCAAGAUAAUAAACUUUCGACUUUUUUUUUUCAUUGUGGGUAGUUUUUAUGUCCAGGACUAAGGAUGCAACCCCCACCGAGGAAGGUCCGGGUUACCCAGGAGCUGAAACACACUCAUGCGGAGCAGAUGAGCAGAUUACACAUCAAACACCAGGCAGAGUGUGACCUGCUGGAAGACCUGAGGACUUUCAGUCAAAAGAGGGCGGCAGUAGAGAGGGACUACGCCCAGGCCCUCCAGAAGUUGGCGAAUCAGUAUCUAAAGCGGGAAUGGCCGGACAACCUCUCAGAAGAACAAGCAGAUCACAGGAACAUGUACUGUGUGUGGAGGGCCUAUUUGGAGGGCACGGUCCAGGUCACCCAGUCCAGAAUCAGCACCUGCGAUAACUACAAAGUCCAGGUUGCAGAUCCGGCGAAAACGGCCCGAAUGCACAAGGAGCAGCAGCUGAGGAAGUGUAUCGAACAGCUGACGGUGGUCCAAGCCGAGCUGCAGGAUUCGGUGAAGGAUCUGACCAAGAGCAGGAAGAAGUACCAGGAGGCUGAGACAAUGGCACAGGCUGUCAGAGAGAAGGCAGAGCUGGAUGCCAAGUCCAAGCUAAGUCUCUUCCAGUCCAGAUCCAGUCUGCAGAGGGCGAGUGUAAAGCUGAAAGCCAAGAGGAGUGAGUGCAACUCCAAAGCCACGCACGCCAGGAAUGACUACCUUCUCACGCUAGCAGCCGCUAACGCUCAUCAGCAACGCUAUUAUGACACAGACCUUACAGACUGCAUCAAGGUCUUAGAUGGCAAAAUCUACGAGCAGGUAAAAGAUUACCUGGUCUCACUGUGUCAGACUGAGCUGGAAACUUGCCAGGCUGUCCACAACACCUUCAACCACCUCUUGAACAGCUCAAAUGAGGUACGGCAGGAGUUUCAUCAGCAGCUGUUUGUGCAGAAGAACCCGAUGUUUCAGCAAGCCGCAGACUUCCUGUACCAGCCCAGCGACUCUGAUACGGUGAUGCAGCUGCAGAAAGAGAGUGGGACGGCCGAGGAGCACAGCCUGGAUAAGGAGGCGAGGAAAUGGGCGAGCCGCGUAGCCCGAGAGUACAAGAGCGCCAUCCACACUCAGAGGGCACUGGAGGAAUACGGGACUCAGGAGACCUCAGAGCAGAACAACACGGACCUGGAGACCAAGAUGGAGGUGGCCAGGCAGAGUCUUCGGAGGGCAGAGACGGUCAAAGUGAAGGCUGAGGCUCGUCUGGACUUGCUGAGGCAGGCUGGCGUCGCUGUGGAAACGUGGCUGAAGAGCGCCAUGAACCAGGUGAUGGAGGAGCUGGAGAACGAGCGCUGGAACAACCUCAGUACCCAUGAUCCUUCACUCUCCGGAACGGCAGACUUGGAGCGAGAGGAUGAGGAGGAGAUGGAAGACAGCGGUGAAGUUUUGGACGACAGCAGCUCCAGCCCCUCUAGCACCUUAAAAAACUAUCCUCUCACCUGCAAAGUACUCUACUCCUACAAGGCCUCUCAACCAGAUGAACUGACCAUUGAGGAGCAGGAAAUCCUGGAGGUCAUCGAUGAUGGAGACAUGGAGGACUGGGUCAAAGCCAGAAACCGCAGCGGACAGGUCGGCUACGUCCCAGAGAAAUAUUUGCAGCUGCCUUCCUCCAACAGCCUGCUGAGUAUGCUGCAGUCUCUCGCUGCGCUGGAUGCCCGAUCCCAUUCCUCCAGCAACUCCACUGAACCUGAAACUGAACUACCAACCGGCUCUGUCAACGGAGACUCCAGCGUGUCCUUUGCAAAGGCCUUGUACGACUACGCGGGACAGACGGACGACGAGCUGUCAUUUCCGGAGGGGGCCAUCAUCCGCAUCCUGAGCAGAGAGACACACGAGGACGAUGGUUUCUGGGAGGGGGAGUUUAACGGCGUCGUCGGCGUUUUCCCGGCGGUGCUGGUGGAGGAUCUCACCGGAGCCAACGAGAACGGAGACGGACAAAAAGAUGGAAGUGCACAGGCUUCUCCCUCCAGUUUGGCCCAAUGUGACCGAUCCCCUCGCAGCCCCUUCCAGCCGGGGCCGCUCCACAGCAGUCCUCUCCAGACGCCCACCAUGUCGUCUCCUCAGUCGAGUCCCUGCAGCGCCACGGCUUCUCCCAUCGGCCGACCGCCUUCCUAUCACAACGGACAUCACAGGCCGCCGCCAGCGCCUCACAAAAGCCCCUUUCAGAGUCCGGUCCAAGGCUCCCCUCAACCUCCGAAAUACCCAGAAAGUGGAUCUGGCACCAUUCGACCGGUUCGUGCUGCUCCUCCGCCCCCGAAGCAGCAUCCUCGGGGACAGGUGAAGCGGAGGGAGGAGGUGGAGAUCACGCUGGUGUGAAGCUCGGCACCCUGGUGGUGACCGGCGGUGAUGACAGCUCCGUUUGAGAAAAAAAAAAACCCCAGCUGGGACUCCUCGAACCCCUCUGUGCCUCUUAAAAACACUCCCAAAGGAAACCAGAGGAAACUUAAAACCCUCCUGGAGACGAAGAAGCCUGGAGGCCGCGGAGAGAUUCCACACUUUGUCCUCUAAAGUCUUUACACACGACGCCUCCGUCGGGUUAGUGUGCUGAGGAGGAAUAUCGUGCCUUUCUCUUAACUAUACUUGUUUAAGUUUUGUCACGUUUCAUACGACUUUACCCAAGUGUUUGUCUCCUAUUUGAAUUAGAGCGAUGAAUAAUAGGGCCAAUAUUGUAAUUUUUUAUAAAAAAAAAUUAUAUAUGUUCUUCUAACUGGACAUGAAUAAUUUCUGGUUCUCAAGAAAGAAAGAAAGAAAAAAAGAAAGAUAUAUUAAAUGCUAACAGAAUAUUUACUAUUAGCAACUUCUAUUAGCAAUUUUCUGCUCUCUGUCGCUCACAGUAACUGAUACGGUGAUAACUGGAAGAUCAUUUUAUAACAAGAUAGAAGAAAGUAACACAUCAUAUUAUUCACUAAUUUGUAAUAAUGACUUGAUUUUGACUCAUUUUCACAGCUAAUUAGCUUUCUAUGCAGAUAAUUAGA